GCGGGCUCGUCAUGUGAACGGCCGCAUGCUCGGGCAGAAGUGGGUCACGGCGCGGCGGAGGGGCAGGUGCCAGAGCCGCCCGGUGCCGCCCGGUGCUUCCCGGUGCCGCCCGGUGCCUCCCGGUGCCGCCGCUCCCCGCCGCGCCCCGCGCCGCUCCGGACCCCCGCGCCGCCCCAUGCGCCCCCCGGCGCCCUGAGCGCGGCGGACACGAUGCGAGCCCAAAUCGAGGUGAUCCCGUGCAAGAUCUGCGGAGACAAAUCCUCAGGGAUCCACUACGGAGUCAUCACCUGCGAAGGCUGCAAGGGUUUCUUUCGGAGGAGCCAGCAGAACAAUGCCAGCUACUCCUGCUCGCGGCAGAGGAACUGCCUGAUCGACCGCACCAACCGCAACCGCUGCCAGCACUGCCGCCUGCAGAAAUGCCUGGCACUGGGCAUGUCCCGCGACGCGGUGAAGUUCGGCCGCAUGUCCAAGAAGCAGCGGGACAGCCUCUACGCCGAGGUGCAGAAGCACCAGCAGAGCCAGGAGCAGAGCGGUGGCACCAAGGACGAGCCCGAGCCCCUGAGCCGCGUCUACACCACGAGCGUCAGCAGCGGCCUCUCGGACCUGGACGACAUCUCCACGCUGUCCGACGGGCUCCUCUUCGACUUCCCCCUGACCCCCGACGGCAGCAGCACCUACUACAACCUGGACCUGCUGGCCUCGGCGCAGCCCUCGCCCGACCAGUCCAGCCUGGACGUGGCUGACGCCACGCUCAUCAAGCAGGAGUCCAUCUACGAGCUGAUGCUGGAGCCGGCGCUGUUGGCACACGGGGCGCUGGAGGGUGCCCAGCUGCCCCCUGACAUCUCUGUCCUGGAGAUCGACCGGGUGGCCCAGAACGUGGUGAAGUCGCACCUGGAGACGUGCCAGUACACAACGGAGGAGCUCAAGCGCCUGGCCUGGAGCCUCUACUCCCCCGAGGAGGUCCGUGCCCUGCAGAGCAAGAGCUGCGAGGCCAUGUGGCAGCAGUGCUCGCUGCAGAUCUCCAACGCCAUCCAGUACGUGGUGGAGUUCGCCAAGCGCAUCGACGGCUUCAUGGAGCUCUGCCAGAACGACCAGAUCAUCCUCCUGAAAGCCGGUUGCCUCGAGGUGCUCCUGAUCCGCAUGAUCCGCGCCUUCAACCCCUUGAACAACACCAUCCUCUUCGAGGGCAAGUUCGGUGGGAUGCAGAUGUUCAAAUCUCUCGGCUGUGACGACCUCAUCGGUGCCGUCUUCGAGCUGGGGAGGACCCUGUGCCGCCUGCAGCUGUCGGACGAGGAGCUCGCCCUCUUCACUGCUGCUGUCCUGCUCUCCCCAGACCGCCCGUGGCUGACCGAGUCCAAGAAGGUGCAAAAGCUCCAGGACAAGAUCUACGUGGCCCUGCAGCACGAGAUCCAGAAGAAACACUCCGCUGAGGACAAGCUCUCGAGGAUGGUUUCCAAGCUGCCCUUGAUGAAGACCAUUUGCAACCUGCACUUGGACAAGCUGGAAUUUUUCCGUCUCGUGCACCCGGAGACUGCCAUGAACUUCCCCCCCCUCUAUAAGGAGGUUUUCAACUCGGAGCUUCAGUACAGCGACCCCCGGGAGAGCUAAGGCCAGGAGCCAGCGGCCCCCUUCGAGUUCCCCAAAAUUUGGAGACAAACUGCACUUCAGAGGUUUGGGGCAAUUUAUUUAAAUCAAAUAAUCAAAGGCAAGAGAACCCCGGGGGGGCUGCGGCGCCUCCCUGGCCCCGUCUCCUCGCUGUGGAUUGCAAUAGCUCUUGAAUGUAAAGCACCUUGAAGGAAAAAGCAAAUGGACUUUGCCAUACCAGUGAAAUGAAUGUGAAAUCUCUGCUUGGAGAGGAGAUGCUCCUGGCAGUGGUGAGGGACCGGCUGCUCCCGGUGACACGGGAGGAGGGAGUGCCCUUCCCGCUGUCCCGGCUGCACUCUCCACCUCCCGUUUUUAUGUCUUUGUUUUUUUUAAUUAUUAUUUUUAUUUUAUUGUGGUUUUUUUAACCCGAACAUCAGGCAUGGGAUAAAGAAGGGGCGAUGCUGACUCGGCUGGGUCGGGUUGGGCUGCAGCUGAGGAGGGAAAGGACAGAGCCUUUGCUUUAUUUCAUCUCCCACGGGUGCAGCGGGACCCCGGGAGCUCGGCCAGGAAAUGUCUGCCUGUGGCUGGUGGGGGAUUCAGCACAGGAUUUUGAGGGAAAAGAUACCCAGUGCAGCAGGGGAAAAGUUGUGCAGGGUCUCCAUGCCCUCCAUCACAGCAUUUUCCCAAAUUCCCAGCCAGCUCCUUGUCCAGCUGGGCGACCACCUGACUUUGUGGAGCUGGUUCAGCAGGUUCACCUGCCUUGUGCCACCUCUGUGCAUCCCAAAAGCUUUUGCAGGCCCAUGGGACUUCAGCCAGAGCCCAAAUCCUGGCCAUCCCAUCCCAGAGGCACCCGUGGCCACUGGAGGGGCCCAGGGCUGUCCCUGUCCCCGUGGCGGCUCUCUGGGUGCUGCUGUUGUGUGUAGUUCUCUUAUCAAUCCCAUUAAAACUGCCCCGUGGUUCAGCACCCAGAGCAGGGUUUGUGACCUUUUCUCCACCCAGCCCACAGCUGGUCCCAUUCCCAGGUUCCCCUUUCCCACACCACACACAGGAGCCCAGAUGUGGCUGCAGGUUGAGUUGGACCCAGGCUUUCCCCUCAAUGAGCUCCCUAGAACUGUUAUUUUGGGAUUUGCUCUUGAGUUAGCAGGAUUUGGGAGCUUUUUAGAGGGAGAAACUGCCUGUUGGAGCCAAGGGGAAGUGAAAGGUCCUUAUUCCCUUCAAGGAAUAAGGCUGCUUGGAAGGAAUGUGGUGUCAGGGACCUGCUGCUCCUCUUGGGAGGCUCAAAAGGGGCUGAAGGAAGGAUUGGUGGGAUGAUGCUGUUCUAGGCCACGGCAGCAGGGGAUGCUUGAGAGACUCUGUGGCUCUGCAGAUGGAUUUUUCCGUCCCUGUUCCUGCUCCCGCUGCAGCAAAUGCCAAAAAAACUACAAGGGAAAAAUCUGCUCUGAGGCAGCCCCAGUUUCUGCUGACAAAGGGCUAAAAUCCCAAACCCCUUUCCUGCUUUGUGCUGAUUCCUCGUGCACCCAACGCCAUCCUCGGGCAGCCCGGACCAUCCCCGAGCAAGAGCCAAAACCUUUGGAUCCACAACUGCACCCUUCACACCAAACAAGCAGCUUUCUUAGCAACGUGAGGGAUAUUCCUGCUUUUGUUAAAAGACCUCCUAGGGAAGACCAUGGACCAGCUUUGACAAGGGAAGACUCCCCAGGAAGCUGAUGGGAUUUCUGCCCCGCUCCAAGGCCGAGAGAAUUUGGGACCGCGUUCCUGCCCGGCAGCUGCCACGUGCAGCCCUGAGCUCCCUGGCUUUGCUGACCACAUCCCAGCUGCUGCUGGGAGCAGAUUGGAGCCUGCCAGCCUCGGCUCCCUCUCUGUUGGAGCCAGGUCUGUGGGAAAAGGCUGCCAGCCCUCCCAUGCCCCACGCGACGUCCAGUGCCAAUGCGUCGCUGUCCAGCGCAGCGUCCACGGCGUGGGGAUGUGCCCGGCUCCUCUCCUGCCCUCUCCAGAGCUUGGACAGAAGAGAGAAGUCAGAGCUGCCUUUUACGUCCAGAGGGUUGUGCCUUUUUUUUUUUCGGAAGCAUCAUUUCUGACAGCACCGUUCACUUCCCGGGAAAAGCAGCCCCAGAACGUGACUGCGCUCGGAGGGAACAGCCCGUGGGGGUUUGGGGA